AUGACGGACGAGGCGGCCUUCCAGGCCGGUGCGAGGCUGGUCGGGCGCGGGGCCGGAGGUGGAGCGCAACCAGAGCUGGGCCCGACCACGCCCCUCUCCAAGCGCGGGAGCGACCUGGGCGGGACGCGCCGAGCCCUCUCGGGCCCUGCUUCACGGCGGGACGAGGCGCCGAGGCUACCGCUGGAGGGGCCGGGCUCGAUCGCUGUGGCCGGGACACGGCCUGCGACGCCACCGCAGGGGCCCGCUGUGAACGACGGCUUCUCGGACCUGAAGUUGGCGCUGCCCAGGACGCCACGGGCCUCGGACCCGUGGGGCGCGGGGAGCUGGGUGGGGGUGGCGCCGGGGCCCCAGUCGGCACACAUCCCGGUGCCCACGCAAAGAGGCCCUACAGGAAGAGAGAGGCUGGACGAGGUCAUGGCCGCAGCGGCCCUCACAAGCCUGUCCACCAGCCCGCUCCUGCUGGGCGUCCCAGCUGCAGUCUUCAGCUCAGAGCCUGGCCCGGAGCCUUGGCAGGCCUUGGGACGGCUGCCGGGCAGCUACGGCGGAGACUGGGACCUGGCCAGCUGCCCGUCCACCCCGUCCACCCCAUCGCCCCCACUGCCCCUUGAGGCAGCUCACUUCCUGUUCGGGGAACCUGCCCCUAGGAAAAGGAAGAACUCGGCCCAGGUGAUGUUCCAGUGUCUGUGGAAGAGCUGUGGGAAGGUGCUGAGCUCGGCCUCCGGGAUGCAGCGUCACAUCCGUGUGGUGCACCUGGGGCGCCAGGCUGAGCCGGAGCAGAGCGAUGGCGAGGAGGACUUUUACUACACAGAGCUUGACAUUGGCCUGGACGCGUUGGCCGAUGGGCUGUCCAGCCUCACCCCUGUGUCCCCCACGGCCUCUGUGCCGCCCGCCUUCCCCUGCCUGGAGCUGCCAGAGCCCUCGGCCCCGCCCCCUCUGCUGAGCCCGGUGGGGCAGGUGUGCCCUAUCCACAGCGGCCGAGCCUACCAGGGCCGCCCAGAUCAUGUCCACCUGGAGCCGCAGGGGCCCGCGGCCAGUGCCUGCUUCCCGCCAGCCCUGCCCUCCAAGCUCUCUGUCAACCCCAGGAAACCCCGUGGGGACGCCAAGAAAUGCCGUAAGGUGUAUGGAACAGAGCGCCGCGAGCUCUGGUGCGUGGCCUGCCGCUGGAAGAAGGCCUGUCAGCGUUUCCUGGACUGAGCCCCGCCCCACCUCCAGGGCACACUGCCUGGUCUUCUGGGGCAGUCGGAGAUCCUGGGCCUCAGAAGUGUGUGUGUGUUGGGGUGGGGGAGGGGGCAUUCCCAGCACCCAAAGUGCCUCUGAAGAAACCAGCCUUUUGCACUAAAAGCUGCACAUCAUCCCCUUGCUGCAGGGCCCCCAUGGCGGCCCCCCUGCCUGUGGGCCCUGGAGCUGCCAGGAUGCUGGUGGGGGUCCCAGGCUGUGCCCUCCCAGCCUUCUAUGCACUUUGAGGGGUGCUUAGGGAGGGGUCACUGCACUUACCACAAGGGUCUGAGGGCCCCAGGGUAGCAUGUGUACUAUGUCCCUAAGCUCCUGGGCCCCCCUGGGCCAUACCAGGGAGGAGCAGAAUUAAAGAUUUGGGGUUUUUCCAGAAAUCCAGUUGGCCUCCUGGUGGGAAGGUACCUGAACCCACUUGUCUUCCGGGGCCCCUCAGGCACCUGCUGGGCUGUGACACACACACAGGCGGGACUUUGAGCAGCAAUUUCCCGGUUUAUUGACAAUGGUCGCUUUUGCAAGAAUGCUAAGCUGUUCUGUCACAGUAAAGAGGCCCACAAGCCAGACUCAGGCCUGGAGCCCCAUGACCAGGAAGGAGUCAGGGACUUGCCCUGUGGUUACAGAGAAGUGGGAGAGCAGGCUUGCCCCCACCCCCCGCCUGGUAUCUGAAGCUCUCACCCCCAAAUAAUUAAACACGUCUCCAAUACAAA